AUGGUGUUGGUUGCCGUCGGCGAGAGACAGCCCGAGUGCCGCCAUAUAAUUCCCAUGGUACACCGCCAAGUGCUCAUGAGAUUCUGGCUUGCUCCAGUCACAAUAUUCGAGGGACCCCGGACAACCAGCCAGCCCAAGUGGGCCACAGCUUUGCCUGAAGCGAACGUUUGCUCGAGAUCUGCUGAGUUGACAUUGGUACAUUGGUUAAUCCAGCUUACCAUUGGGGUCGACUGA